UUUUGUGCUUGACAAGAACCACAUUUUCUGCACUUUUUGAUAAAAGAGUAGCAACUCGAUAAAACGGAAUAAAAAUCUAAAGGUGAAGAAAAAUAGAAAAGUAUUUAUAGCUUCAUAUUUACAUUAAUUGAACUACACUGCAAAUUUGUCGUAGUUGGAACGAAAACAACCGUUGGAAAAAUCAAUGAAAAAGAAAUAGGGAUGGAUCGAGGAUAAUAAGAACGCGAAAAGGGUUUAAGACGCACAAAGUUUACCUGUAGGGUGGUAAGGUCUGCACGAGUGAGUAAGAAAGUGUGCGAUAUUUAUAAGUUAGUUUGCAUAAAUAGUUGUUAUAAUGGAGAACUCAAUUGAAAGAAUACCUGAACCGAAACCUGUGAACUAUCAAAGAAGUGUUACAUUUGACGAUGCUCUCUCGAUGACAAAGUUCGGAAAAUUCAACUAUAUUCUUAUAAUUAUUUCUGGUACAAUAUUAACAUCAGUGUUGUUGGAAACUCUUGGGAUAAGUUACGUUAUACCUGUAGCAGAAUGUGAUUUGCUCUUGACGACAAAAGAAAAAGGAGUACUAAGUGCAGUUGCAUUCGCAGGUAUUAUCGCUAGCUCGCAUUUGUGGGGAUUUCUGGCGGACACUCGAGGGAGAAAGAAAGUGAUUGUUCCAACGCUAUUUCUCACAUUUGCUGCGACUUUUCUAUCAAGUUUUACCAGCAACUUUUGGGUCUUGACAGCUCUGAGGUUCUUUGCAGGAUUUUUUAUUUCCGGUUCAUCAGCAACCAUUUACGCCUAUUUGGGCGAGUUCCAUAACAAGCGCAAUGGGUCACGUGCUAUCAUGGGAGCUUCGUUUGUGUUCGGAGUCGGUUGCCUGCUGUUGCCAGGGAUUGCAUUCUCCAUUAUCAACCAAGAAUGGGAGUUUACCAUUCCAUAUCUAGACAUCGUCUACCGUCCAUGGCGCCUGUUUUUGGUGGUCUGUGGACUUCCCAACUUAGUAUGCGCAUUCACACUACUGAAAUUCCCGGAAAGUCCAAAGUUUGUGUUUAAUCAGGGUAAACUGGACAAAGCCAUUGAAACUAUUCAGUGGAUGCACAAGCUUAACACAAGUGGGAAGGAAACCAGACUUCAAAUUGCGGCCAUAUUAGAUGAAACCGAGGCGCGACAAACUAAGGAACGACGUAACGAAAUCAGCAACACCAAGGGAUUCUGCGCUCUGAUGAGACUGGUGUGGGAUCAGACUGCUCCCCUCUUUAUGAGUCCCUAUUUGAACAAAACAACCAUAAUAUGCGUGCUACAGUUCGGCAUAUAUCUGUCCUCCAACGGUCUAUAUAUGUUUUUCCCAGAUAUUCUAAAUCGAGUUGCGGAAGUACAAGAACGGGGUUCAAAUAAAACAACGAUUUGUAACGCUGUCUACGCAACGCAACUUUACGUAUUAACGGAGGGAGCUAAUGUAACGGAAAAGUUACCCGAUUGCAAUCAGAAGUUGGACAUUAUGGCAUAUGAGCAUUCAUUUAUGCUAGAACUGAUGUAUGCGUUGGGAUUUGCAGUAAUAGGACUUAUAAUCAACGCUGUGGGGAAAUUGCCAAUUUUGGUAUUUGUCUUCUUCUGCUGCGGUUUAUCCGGUAUUUUUAUAACCUUUAUCGAUAUCCCAUUGUUAGCUGUGUGGUUGUACGUGAUUUUAUUGACAUGCGGAUACUGCAUUAAUGUAGUUAACGCCGUUACAGUGGAUUUGUUCCCCACUAAUCUCAGAGCUAUGGCGGUUUGCAUCUCUUUAAUGUUCGGAAGACUGGGGAGUGUCGUGGGCGCAAACAUCGUUGGCUUACUGCUAGACACUCAAUGCGAACUGACAUUCUGGAUUUCCGGCGUUUCUUUGGUCUUUUGCGGUAUACUAUCCUUUUUCAUCCCGAAUAUCUACAAAAGACACCCUUCGGGGCCUCGUGUUAGUGUUUCAUCCGACAUAUCAACACGCUAAAAACGAUGAUCGAAUGAGAACUGAGUUAGUUUGAAAGUCUGAGCUUAUUAUUUAUAGACUGAUAUAUUUGCAGUGUACUUAAUAAAGAUGAAGGAAAUUUCCUAUUGU